AUGGGUAGCCCCAAGUACCUGACAGCUGCCCUUGCCAUGCUUCUGUCCUCAGCGGCGCAAGCAGAGAGUCCUCCAAACCCAUCGGGACAAUUCCCGCCUCUCAAAAAGGGCAGCUUCUUUAACCAACACUACCAGCUCUGCCCCGAGAAUUUGGACUGGGAUAUCAACGACUGCAUCGUCUACUUUGGGCAAGCAUACGUGUUACAAGGUUACAUCAACGAUGGUGCUAAGGCUGAGGCCAGGCCAAUGUUCAACGCAAGGAUUGUGGUGGAAUACCGCACCAAAUUAGUCUCUAGUGCGGUCGACGCCGCCGGCCCCUUCAACACCGCCGCCGGCGCAAAGACGGUUGACGGAGGCUUCCAGGGCAUUGAGCACGAUGCCCGCGGCAAUACGUACGUCGUCUGGUCGUUCCCCGGAACAAUCUUGAAAGUCGACCGCGAGGGCUCUGCCGUCGUCCCUUGCAACGAUGACUCCCAGAUCUACCGCUUCGAUAUGAAGGCGGUUAAGGGCACUCCUGUGCUCAUACCCAGAUCGCCGAAUGCGACGCUGGUGAGUACCGAUGCCAUAUACGUGCCGCCAAGAUAUGGUGGGAAAGUCUUGCUCGUCGCCGAGAAUACCAAAGGCGUGACUAUUCUGCGGUCCAAGGACGUGAUCUUGAAAGUUGAGGAUCUCCUCAAGAAAUGCCGUGUUCGCGGUCAGGGUCCUCCUGAUACCCUGAUCUCCAGGAACGUGACUUCCUCGCAAACUAUGCCUUCCAUGUCGUCCCGGCCUCAUUCCUGCGAAUGGUGCCAAAGACUUCUCUUCAUCCGCGCCGAAGCCGAGAGCCCGCGCCGCGACCGGAGCGACAGACACGACGCGAGGUGGAACAAGAUUGUGUUCGAUACCAGUCUCGCGGAUCUCCUGCUCGUCCAGCAGAAAACAUGCGCUUUCAUAGAUUGGAUUCUUGAUGGGGAGUGUAUCGCACGGCCCGAUGUAGGCGAGUGCACCGACAACACAUCCGGCGAGGUCUAUCAGAUGGAUCUGGAGGAGCUCGAGCAGUUUCACGGCCAGACUGAUAGGGACCUAGACUACAGGCUUCCUUCCCUGCGCCAUGCCGUCCGGAACCGCACUGACGGAUACGUCGACUAUGUUCUCGUAGCCGAGACGAAUCCUCCGUUCCGUAUGGGGGGAGACCAUACGCCGGACGUCCUCACUGUAGAAUACUUUGGGCUCUGGGACCCGCGCACGAAGCUCGUCUCUUACAGGACGGUCAAAGGUCUGCAAAUUUACACGCCUCACGAUAAUCCAGCGGCCAGAGACUUCUGGACGCGGCCGAUACAAAACGAUCCCGCGUAUUGCCUGCCAGCGGUCAAGUCCUGGUUGAGUGAGUGCGAGGCCAAGCACAAGACGUGUCGUAAAUUGAAGGCGCAGUCUGGGCCGUCAGCACUCAGGCCCGUCAGGCUGAUCUAUAUUGACCCAAGCUCUGCAAAAGGAAGCUAUUCGCUACGUUUGCAAGACACAGAGCAUCUUGGUCCUCUACCAAGAUUUGCAGCUUUGAGUUAUUGCUGGGGCGGUAAUCAGACGGUAAAAUGCGAGACGUCUACAUUGGAAGCAUUCACGAAGGAUAUCCCCUUUGCGGAAUUGCCUCGUACCAUCCAGGAUGCCGUCAAAGUCUGCUCGCAGCUUGGAGUUCGCUAUAUCUGGGUUGAUGCUCUCUGUAUCAUUCAAAAUGAAGGCAACGAAGAGAAGAUUUUAGAAAUUGCAAAGAUGCCCUACAUCUACGGUCAAGCCUCAUUUACCAUCAUGGCAUCCAGAGCCAAGACUGCUUGGGAGGGUUUUCUCAAGUAUAGAGAGUCAUAUACGAAGUCCAAACAAGCAUUCCUGCUCUCAUGGCAGUCAGAAAAGGGCAACAUGGGAUCGAUAACCCUGGCUGAGUUAGAGACGGGCCACGAACCCAUUGACGAACGAGGGUGGACUUUUCAAGAACGCCUAUUGUCACUCAGGAUUGUCGAAUUCGGCUCUCGACAGACCAGGUGGAGCUGUCAAGAACCUAUCCCAUCAAUUACCGGACACGACAAGCUAUACGGGCUCCACGUCGGCGAAGGUGCAGCCGACGGGUGGAGGAAGAUCGCGGAGCCCAAUGACCUAAGGCAGGAUUCGUUCAAUUGGAGCCACAGCCUAAAAAACCCAUCGCCCUGGGGUGCCCUGGUGGACAUUUACACCAGCCGUAACCUGUCCUUCAAUACAGACCGUGCUCUUGCCAUGUCAGGGGUCGCGGAGCGCUUUUCUGUGUUAACCGGUGAUGAAUACGCCGCGGGUCUCUGGAAAGGGAACAUCCGCGACGAGUUGCUCUGGAGGGUUGAACAAUCUGAGAGGCAGUGCCGGCCUUUGGUUUACCAGGGCCCAUCAUGGUCGUGGUUUGCUGUCAAUAGCGGCGUAAGGGCAUACGUGACUUUGGGCGACGGCUGGGAAAUCCCUACUUUGGAGGGCGAUAUGACGGAUGCAACCGAAGUCUUUAACACUGACGUCUUGUCCAUCUCUGCCGAGCCUGUGAAUGAGAAAGCACCCUAUGGCGACGUCCGUAGCGACUCAGGUCGGCUCAAGCUUCGUGGGAGACUCGCCGUGGCCACUCGAAUCAAUCAUUCUGCAGGAGACUCGAGUAACGAUCCGGAGAAUGUCUUUGACAUCACCAGUCCUCAGAGCCCACAGAGCAUCGUCGACCCAGGGGUAAAGCUCAUGAAAACUAGAAAUAUCAGCUGUCAUCUCGAUUGCUUGGAUGACUUGGAUAUCAAUCCCACAAAGACGACUUCCGGCUCUGAUGGAUACAUGGCGCUAGAGAUCAAGAGAGUAUGCGGGUACUCUGCCGAUUGGACUAUACUCAGAUUGCUUCUCCGGCCGGUUGAGGUCAGUCAAGGGCGCUCGUCAGAUGGUGGUGCAUCGGCUUACAAAAGAAUCGGGAUAUUCGAGCUCGAGCUGGAGACCGGAUUUGACGACCUGGAUGAUGAUGAAGAUUUCCAGGGUGAGGAGGUCUGUUUAUUUGACUACAUUCCACAGCGAGUGAUUGAAAUCUUUUGA